CUGUCAACUGACGGCCGUGCAGUAACAGAACCUUUGCCAGAUUCAUCCUGACGAGCAUCUUCAUGAUCAUCUUCCUAAGUCUUCAUCUUCGUCAUAAGCACCCCACAGCGUCUGGGAUAUGUUUGGAAUCCGCACAGCACUGCUUGUCCUGUGGCUGUGUGGGGGCCUCCUCCUGCCCCCUGCCCAGCCCGCGUGCACCACAGGCCGGGCAGCAGAGUGCAAGAACACCCCCUCAGCCCCGGGAACAGACCUGGCCGGAGAGGGCUUUGACGUGGUCACCAUGGAGCGCAAGCGGGCCUAUGUGAUCGACGUGGACACCUGGAAGAAAGACGAGGACGGGGGCUGCACCCUCUGUGACAACCCCUACAUGGACGGCAACAAACAGAAGCUACCCGCGGCCGUGGUGGACUGGCGGCCACUGCAUCAGUGUCACAUGAAAGUGUCCAGCAGUGUGUAUGAUUCCAGCGAGAGCUUCGUCAAGGACAGCCACAGCGAGGUGGACGCCAGCUGGAAGGUGGGUUUGGACGUCAUUACCCCGCAAAUCACGGCGUCUAUGGUGGUGGGCGGUACUCACUCUCGGGUGGCCAAGACGGUGAUGUCCCAGUCCAAGCAAGACAAGUACAGUUUCAUCAAGCAGGAUGUACACUGCUCCUAUUACAGUUACCGUCUGAUAGAAAAGCCGCCCCUCCACCCAGAGUUCUCCCGCAGCUUGAACAACCUCCCCCUGCUCUACACCGAUCAAACCAAGCCUGAGUACAAGCACUUCCUGAACACCUUCGGAACCCACUUCAUCCAUAAGGUCCAACUGGGCGGCCGGGUGAAAAGCGUGACCUCGCUGCGCGUGUGCCAGGCGUCGCUGGAAGGCUACAAAGAGACGGAGGUCAAGGACUGCCUGGAGGCCGAAGCCUCCGUUGCCACAACUACCGGAACCGCCGACCUCAAAACGGAGACCAAGUUCUGCAAGCAGGACCUAAAGAAGCGUGACACCAAAGAGAGCUUCCACAACACCUUCAAAGAGAGGUUCACCGAGGUGGUGGGCGGCCAAUCAGACGGCUCUGCUGACCUGCUCUUCGCCAAGACAGGGACCGACGCCUUCAGUAAUUGGCUGGGGACCUUAAAGACCACCCCUGACAUCAUCACCUAUUCCAUGAGUCCGCUGCACCGGCUGGUGAAGAAUGAGAAGAAGAGCGCGGGGCUGAAGAAGGCGGUGGAGGACUACAUCCUGGAGAGUGCACUUGCGCUGCGCUGCUCUGACAAGUGUACCGGUUCCUCCAACCCCAGUGCCCGCGACACCUGCCAGUGUGUCUGCCAGGCCAACCAGCAGACAACCAGCCAGUGCUGCCCCCAGGAGAGAGGUCUAGCCCGCUUAACGGUCAAGGUGAUGCGCGCUAAAGGCUUAUUUGGCGACACCACGUCACAGACCGACGCCUUUGUCAAAGUAAUUGUGGGUACCAAAGCAAUCCAGACCACUGUGAUCCAGGACAACGACAACCCUCGCUGGAACCAACAGUUUGACAUGGGCAUGAACUGGGGAAAGGUCUCCUUGGACAGCAAGCUGAAGGUGGAGGUGUGGGACGAGGACAAACACUGGUGGAAGUCGUGGGACGACCUCCUGGGCUCCUGCAGCAAGCCUCUCAAACAGGGCACCCACGAGGAAAUGUGCCCCAUGAACCACGGCACCAUCUUCUUCUCCUACAUGGUCGAGUGUGCAGCGGGGCUGGGGGGCCCCACCUGCAGCGAACACGUGCCGUCCCCCAUGGCCUCUGACCACAGCGACCUCUACACCUCUCGCAACUCCCUCAACGUCACCAGUGAGUUCCUGGCUCAGGUCAGGGCUGGUCAGACCCAGCUUGACCCUCUGACCUUUAUUAGGAAGCAGAAGGGGGCUGGGGGAGAUGUCAAAGGUCACUCUCGUCUGCAUGUUCUCAAUGAGUUGUGAGAGUUCGGUGUGUCGGUUUGAAGGCACUGCUUGCUUGGCCUGUCAUUCACAUGAUUUCUUUCUGAUUAGAUAUUUUUUUACAAUGGUCUUUUUCAUAUACUUGACAUCAAGACAAUAAUCAAUUGACAAAGCUAAAGAGGAAACGAACUAAAUCAAUUUUUUGAGCACAUGUAUGUUCCCUUUCUGAUGGGCUGAUGUUUAUCUUCACUAUUUUGUAGUCUCUUUAUGUACAUGUACCAACUAUCUCAUACUUUCCCUGCU